CGGGUGCCGGAAGUAGCCUGCGCGGGCGCGACGCGGGCCGCCCGUGCUGUGGCCCCCACGGAGAUGACGACCUUAGUGCUGGAUAACGGGGCCUACAACGCCAAGAUCGGUUACAGCCAUGAAAACGUCUCGGUUAUUCCUAAUUGUCAGUUCAGGUCCAAAACAGCACGUCUUAAAACAUUUACUGCCAACCAGAUAGAUGAAAUUAAGGACCCAUCAGGACUCUUUUACAUCCUUCCUUUUCAAAAGGGCUACUUGGUGAAUUGGGAUGUCCAACGACAAGUUUGGGACUAUCUUUUUGGAAAAGAAAUGUAUCAGGUUGAUUUUCUGGAUACUAAUAUUAUUAUCACAGAACCAUAUUUUAACUUCACUUCAAUUCAGGAAUCAAUGAAUGAAAUUCUGUUUGAAGAAUAUCAGUUCCAAGCAGUGUUAAGAGUAAACGCUGGUGCUCUCAGUGCACAUAGGUAUUUCCGAGACAAUCCUUCUGAGCUGUGUUGCAUCAUUGUAGAUAGCGGAUAUUCUUUUACACAUAUAGUUCCUUAUUGUAGAAGUAAAAAGAAAAAAGAAGCAAUAAUACGGAUAAACGUGGGAGGGAAACUCUUAACUAACCAUCUAAAGGAGAUCAUAUCUUACAGGCAGCUACAUGUUAUGGAUGAAACUCAUGUGAUCAAUCAAGUGAAAGAAGAUGUAUGCUAUGUGUCUCAGGACUUUUACAGAGACAUGGAUAUUGCUAAGUUAAAAGGAGAAGAUAAUACAGUAAUGAUUGACUAUGUUUUGCCUGACUUCAGUACAAUUAAAAAAGGCUUUUGUAAGCCGAGGGAAGAGAUGGUGUUGAGUGGAAAAUAUAAAUCUGGGGAACAAAUUCUUCGUCUGGCCAAUGAGAGAUUCGCUGUUCCGGAAAUACUCUUUAAUCCUUCCGAUAUAGGCAUUCAGGAAAUGGGAAUCCCAGAAGCCAUUGUCUAUUCAAUCCAAAAUUUACCUGAAGAAAUGCAGCCACAUUUUUUUAAGAACAUUGUUUUGACUGGAGGAAAUUCACUGUUCCCAGGAUUUAGGGAUCGGGUUUACUCUGAAGUUCGCUGCCUCACUCCGACAGAUUAUGAUGUUUCUGUUGUGCUACCAGAAAACCCUAUUACUUAUGCCUGGGAAGGUGGAAAGUUGAUAUCAGAAAAUGAUGAUUUUGAAGAUAUGGUGGUAACAAGAGAAGAUUAUGAAGAAAAUGGACAUAGUGUCUGUGAAGAGAAAUUUGAUAUAUAAGAAACAUUUCUGAAUAAAAGUCUUGACUAGUUGUAACUGAAAAGUUUCAAAGUUCCUCUUAAAGGAGGUUAAUAGAAUGAUACUUUUCAUCUUAUGAUAAAGCCUUGAGCUUAUAGAAAUACUUUGAUCCAUGGCUAAUGUUUAAAGUUACAGUAAACUGUAACUAAGCCCCUGUUUUCAGCCACAUGUUAGACUCCCAUAACAAUGCUUAUGUUGUUUCUAAGAGUAGGUUAUUUUUCGUGAGAAGUUGAAAGUAAUGCCAUUGCUUCUUCAUAGUUGACAUUCCAAGUUUAACACUCUCACCGGCCAGUUUUCCUAGAAGAUAGCUUGUGGCUGAUGUUUACAGAUUGAUACAUUCUCUCUCUUUUCACCUGCUGUCUCUUAGAACUAUUUUAUUUAAAAAUUGUUAUUCUUAUUUAUACAUAAUAAAGUUGGAAUGACCAAUCUUA